CUCUGGCGUGACGGGAGCACGGGCGCCGGCUGCCCGCGCUGCGAGCGGCCGAGCUGUCAGCGGGCGGAUCAGCCCAGUUGAGCUGAGCCCAGAGGAACACGGUCCUCGCUUCCCGGAGCCGGAGCCGCGCAGCCUCCUCGCCUGAGUCCACCCGCUGCGGUGAUGCUGCUGCUCGCCGUGCGGCGGGCGCGGGGCAGGGGCGGGGGGCGAUCGGCCGGGGGUCCCCACCGCGCGCGCUCGCCGCCCUGGAGCCCCGCCUGGAUUUGCUGCUGGGCGCUCGCAGGCUGCCAGGCAGUCUGGGCUGGGGACUCGUCCUCCUCCUCGGGCCGCCCGCUUCCUGCGUGUCAGGAGAAAGAUUACCACUUUGAAUAUACAGAAUGUGAUAGCACUGGCUCCAGGUGGAGGGUCGCCAUUCCGAAUUCUGCAGUGGAUUGCUCUGGCCUGCCUGACCCAGUGAGAGGCAAAGAAUGCACUUUCUCCUGUGCUUCUGGAGAGUAUCUAGAGAUGAAGAACCAGGUAUGCAGUAAGUGUGUAGAAGGCACCUACUCCUUGGGCAGUGGCAUCAAAUUUGAUGAAUGGGAUGAGUUGCCGGCAGGAUUUUCCAACGUUGCAACAUUCAUGGACACUGUGGUGGGCCCUUCUGACAGCAGGCCAGAUGGCUGUAACAAUUCUUCUUGGCUUCCUCGUGGGAACUAUAUAGAGUCUAACCGUGAUGACUGCACUGUGUCUCUGAUCUAUGCUGUGCACCUUAAGAAGUCAGGCUACGUCUUCUUUGAGUACCAGUACGUGGACAACAACAUCUUCUUUGAGUUCUUUAUUCAGAAUGACCAGUGCCAGGAGAUGGAUGCCACCACAGACAAGUGGGUGAAGCUCACGGACAAUGGAGAAUGGGGCUCCCAUUCUGUAAUGUUGAAAUCAGGCACAAAUAUUCUGUACUGGAGGACAACAGGCAUCCUUAUGGGUUCCAAGGCAGUCAAGCCUGUGCUAGUAAAAAAUAUCACCAUUGAAGGGGUGGCAUACACCUCAGAGUGCUUUCCAUGCAAGCCAGGGACUUUCAGCAACAAACCAGGCUCAUUUAACUGCCAACUGUGCCCCAGAAACACCUAUUCUGAGAAGGGGGCUAAGGAAUGCGUAAGGUGUAGGGAGGACUCCCAAUUUUCAGAGGAAGGAGCCAGUGAGUGUGUGGAUCGCCCACCCUGCACUACCAAAGACUAUUUCCAGAUCCAUACCCCCUGUGAUGAAGAAGGAAAGACACAGAUAAUGUACAAGUGGAUAGAGCCGAAAAUCUGCAGGGAGGAUCUCACAGAUGCUAUUAGGCUGCCCCCUUCUGGAGAGAAGAAGGAUUGUCCCCCUUGCAACCCAGGAUUCUAUAACAAUGGAUCUUCUUCUUGCCAUCCCUGCCCUCCCUGGACGUUUUCAGAUGGAACAAAGGAAUGCAAGUCGUGUCCGGCCGGAACAGAGCCAGCGCUUGGGUUUGAAUAUAAGUGGUGGAACGUCCUCCCUGCCAACAUGAAAACUUCCUGCUUCAAUGUUGGGAAUUCCAAGUGCGACGGAAUGAAUGGCUGGGAGGUGGCUGGAGAUCACAUCCGGAGUGGAGCUGGAGGCUCUGACAAUGACUAUCUCAUCUUAAAUUUGCACAUCCCAGGAUUUAAACCACCAACAUCUAUGACUGGAGCCACAGGUUCUGAACUAGGAAGGAUAACAUUUGUAUUUGAGACUCUCUGCUCAGCUGACUGUGUUCUGUACUUCAUGGUGGAUAUAAAUAGGAAAAGCACCAAUGUGGUGGAGUCGUGGGGAGGAACCAAAGAAAAGCAAGCUUAUACACAUGUCAUCUUCAAGAAUGCAACCUUUACAUUUACAUGGGCAUUCCAGAGAACAAAUCAAGGCCAAGAUAACAGACGUUUCAUCAAUGACGUGGUGAAGAUUUAUUCUAUCACAGUCACUAAUGCAGUUGAUGGGGUGGCAGCAUCAUGUCGUGCCUGUGCCCUGGGUUCUGAGCAGUCGGGCUCAUCCUGUGUACCCUGCCCCCCAGGCCACUACAUCGAGAAAGAAACCAACCAGUGCAAAGAGUGUCCAGCUGACACCUACCUGUCCAUCCACCAGGUCUAUGGCAAGGAAGCUUGCAUUCCGUGUGGGCCUGGAAGUAAAAGCACCCAGGAUCACUCGCUUUGCUACAGCGACUGUUUUUUCUACCAUGAAAAGGAAAACCAGAGUCUGCACUAUGACUUCCGCAACCUCAGCAGUGUGGGCUCGCUAAUGAAUGGCCCGAGCUUCACCUCCAAGGGGACGAAAUACUUCCAUUUCUUCAAUAUCAGUUUAUGUGGGCAUGGGGGGAGAAAGAUGGCUCUCUGUACCAACAAUAUUUCAGACUUUACGGUAAAGGAAAUGGUGACAGGGUCAGAUGAUUACACGAAUUUGGUUGGAGCAUUUGUAUGUCAGUCAACUAUUAUUCCUUCUGAAAGUAAGGGCUUCCGGGCAGCCUUGUCAUCUCAGUCUAUCAUUCUGGCAGAUACAUUUUUAGGAGUCACUGUUGAAACUGCCUUGCAAAACGUUAAUAUCAAGGAGGAUAUGUUCCCAGUGUCACCGAGCCAAGUACCAGAUGUACAUUUCUUUUAUAAGUCCUCCACAGCCACCACAUCUUGUAUUAAUGGCCGAUCAACUGCUGUGAAAAUGAGGUGUAAUCCCAUGAGACCUGGUGCAGGUGUGAUAUCGGUCCCCAGCAAGUGUCCAGCUGGUACCUGCGAUGGUUGUACAUUCUAUUUUCUAUGGGAGAGUGCAGAAGCUUGCCCUCUGUGUACAGAGCAUGACUUCCACGAGAUCGAGGGAGCCUGCAAGAGAGGGCUUCAGGAAAUAUUAUAUGUAUGGAAUGAACCGAAGUGGUGCAUCAAAGGAAUUUCUUUGCCUGAGAAGAAGUUGUCAACCUGUGAAACAGUUGACUUUUGGCUAAAAGUAGGAGCUGGUGUGGGGGCAUUCACAGCUGUUUUGUUGGUGGCUUUAACGUGUUACUUUUGGAAAAAGAAUCAAAAGCUGGAAUACAAAUAUUCUAAAUUAGUAAUGACAACUAACUCAAAAGAGUGUGAACUCCCAGCUGCAGACAGCUGUGCUAUCAUGGAAGGAGAAGACAAUGAAGAGGAUGUCGUGUAUUCCAACAAACAGUCAAUACUAGGAAAACUUAAGUCUUUGGCCACAAAGGAAAAAGAUGACCACUUUGAGUCUGUUCAGCUGAAAUCCUCAAGAUGCCCCAAUAUAUGAAGAGACAAUGCUGUAGCUUUCAGGACCCCCUUUAGGACUUGUCCUCACACCAGACAUGGCUGUGAUCUCACAGAGGAGGAGGCAAACGGGAGGAGGAGGCAAAAAUGCUGAUUGCCUUAUAACACGUCACAAACUUUGUCAAACUGCAGAAGACAGAUGAUGUGGGUCUCACUGAAGAUGAAGCUUAACUCAGGAAGAGAUUUAGCUGUAUAUACACAUAACUGAAACCCAAAUUUAAGCCCACCAAUGCACUGCUGAUGCAUGCCACAUGAUUCCUGGGUAACUUUAAUUCUUUAUACUGUCUACAUACAAAAUAUGUGUUGGAAGGCAGACAUAAGCAUAUGCCUUGUGUUUCCAUGUAUGUCUUGUUCUUGUACUUUGGGAAAGAUUUGGAAAAAAAAUUAAGUUAUAAUUAUUUUUCCCUUUAUUUCUCCAGUACUUGAAAACACCUUUUUUUUUUAAUUAAAAUUAUGAGCAAUGAAAGACAAUAAAUUUUCAUAGGUAUUUUCUCUUGACUUCAGAAGUCUAGGAUAUCAGUAAUAUUUUGUGAAGUUAUUACUUGUGUUAUCUGAGGUGAUAAUCACUUUUAAAAAUUCUUUCCUUGUUGGAACUAAUAUGAAAAAUUUAACUAAUUGUUUGAAGGAAUUUCAUGGGAUGGGGUUGGAGGCGAUGAAAGCCAAGAAGAAACCUCAACCUUCCAUUAAUUUAAACAAUCUGGAAUUAUCAGAAGUCAAAGGCUUAAAGCAUAAAGGCUGUGGAGCACCUUGUUUAGCAGACCCCUGCACAGUCAUGAGGAAGGAGAGAGACAGCUUGACCCUAAGAACAGAAAUCUCUGCUUGUUUGGGAGCCCAAGGUCAUUAGAAGUGUGAGCUGGACUUUUCCUCCACAUCAGGCACCACCCAGAGCGCUGGAGGUUUUUAUUUUUUCUUUGCUAGAAGACUUUGAUGAUUAUGAAUUUCUUGAAGAUUUUAUUUUUAAGCCAAUAAGGAAGAAAUUCAAUUUUUGAAAUGCAUAUACUUGUAUUCAUAGUAAGAAUCUUCUUAGCAACGCAUUGUUCCUGCUCGAAAGCAACCCAGAAACUUGUGACAUUUCUCAUAAUGGAUUAUGAGUUUUAGUGUGACUUGAAUAUUAUUUUUGAAAGAAGUUUACAGGUAAAUUUGAUCAAGUUUGUGUAAACUUUUAGACCUGGGAAUUAGAGUAUCUUACUGGUUAUUGAUAUAAGAUGUUCUGGUUUGUUUUCAAUAAACCAAUAAUCUUUACAGAUCUUAAUCCAGAUAUUUAAAAAAGAUUUUUUGAUUGGCUGAAGGAGGCAAAGCAUACGGGUAAGGUUUUCACCAUGUGUUUUGCCUGACGUGUUUCAGUGCUUGUAAUGUUUGAUUUUGUGGGUGUUGUAGUCUUUAUUUUUGUGAAAAAUGGGAGAAAAUGAAUAAAUGAAUUAUUGUGCUUAUUGGCCAGUGGAUAAACCACUAGACCUUUUUGCUACCACUAAAAGAAUGGUUGUAUAUGUGUGUGUAUGUUUGUGUGUGUGUGUAUCUACUACUAAAUAUAAAAAUAGGUAUUGUUGUAUUAUUGUUUGUCAUAAGACUUGAGAGAAUGUUACUUAGCAUAGUUUUGCCUUUAAUUUCUUGAAUAUUCUAAAUUAUUUUGGCUUUGCUCAUUUUUGUUCAAUAUCAGAAUAUUGGCAUGCCUUUCCCUAUCAUAGUCAAAAUUUAACCAGAAGAGUGGAAAUACACUUGAAAUACCACCCAGAGGAACUGGUGAAAACAUACAGACUGGACAGAGUCAGAAAGUUGCUUCUGUCACCUGUCACUCCUCUUUACCCUCUGUUGUGCUCAACAUGUAUGUUCCAAGCCAUAGAAAUAAUUGGGGUUUCUUCCCAGGUACUUCUUUUUUCUCUUGUCACUGGACUAAAAUCUCUGACAUGUCAAAAAUGCCUUAAAUUUUAAUGAACUCUCUGAAAAUGCAGUUAAUAUUGAAGAAGUUAUUUCAUUUUAUUUCUAAUUUUAGAUAUUAAAUAGAUUUUUUGUCAGCUCAGUCUCAUCUUUGUAUUCCCAUGCCUUGUCAUUUUAUUCUAAGAGCUGAAGAACUAUGACAGAAUAUUAUGAGGAGAAUAUGCAGACCAAUUUUAGCUUUUAAAUUCUGUUUAGUUUUAUGUAUGGCCUUUAACAAGCCCAGUGAAAUGUUGAAAGCUAUAAUCAAAUUAUUCUGCUUCUACGACUUAUUGACAUUUACUCUCCCCAUCACUACCAGUGAUAGAAAAAUACAUUAUUUAUUAUUUUUUCUAAAAGGCAUACUUUGGAGCCUUAAAUACUUCAUUAAGUCAACUAUUGUGUAUAACAUCUGUUAGCAUUGUGUCACAACAUAUUUAAGUCAAUUUUCUAUUGGAUGAAAACAUGUCUUCUAUGGAUAAGUUAUAUUAUGCUAUUUAACAAUGUUGAGCAAUUUGGUAUCUAUUCACUUGAUUUAAAAUACUGAAUUUUAUUAUUGACCUUUCCCCUCUUUGGUUACUAAUAAUCAUAUCCUUCUUAGGAUUAAACAUAUUUCAUAGUA